AUGAUAGGCAUCCUUUUUUAUAUUUUACAAAUUGUUUAAUCAAAAAUGUUUGAAAUUUAAUAUAAAGAGACUUCUAUGUAUAUAUAAACUAUAAAUGGAUUGGAAAUUGAGCUAAUUUUUGGAAAUUAAGGUAAAAUUAGCUAAUUGAGUUAAAUUGAACCUUCAAAAUGCACUUAAAAUUGUUAGAGUUGCACCAGAAGCUAAUGUUAUUUAAGUAAUACAGAGCUUGAUUAUACCAAUAUUAAAAUGUUUGAUUUGGAUUCUUAAUAAAUGGUAAUUUAACCCUUAAUUUAUUUUAAUGAUUAUAACAAUAAUCAAACAUCAUCUUAGAUUAAUUUAAUGAAGCUCGGAAAUUAUUUAAAUUCUUUUGUAGAUGAUGGGUUUUAAUUAUGCUUUAGUUUAAAUGAUAAAAUAAUUGAAACACCAUUUUAAGCGGAAAGAAAAGAUUUUGAUCCAUAACAAAUUUUAGUCACUUCAAUUCUCAAUAUUCGUAACACAAUUUUUUUUUAAAUAAACUUUUUAAAAUUUGGAGAUACAUUGAUUGAUAUAUCUAAUUUCACUGUUUACGUAUAAAAUUCAAAAAUGAGAGAUGAUUGCAUUGAUAAUUCAACAUUGUUUAUUGAAUUUAGUUUCUUCCCUAACUGGAUCCUUAAUUAGUUAUAACCAGAAUUUCAAAAAAUAGGAUUCAAUCUUUUUGUUAGAAAUACAUUUCAGUUUUAUACUUGCGAAAAGUAAGAAAAAGAGCAUGAAAAUAAACCUGAUUUUUUGUUUUUUAACGAAGAAAAUAAGUAAAAUCCAAUAAUUUAUUCAGCAGAUUAAUAUUUAAAUUCAAUUUUUCUAGAAGAAAAACACUUAUUAAAGAUAUCUAACUCUAGUAUAGAGUAUAUCAUUUUUCUUAGCUAGUCUUUUAUUGAAAAUAAGAAAAUGUAUUUUAACUUUAAAGAAAAUUUUGUUGCUAUUUCAAAUUAUAAAGAGGAAAGAUGUUUUAAUUAUUAAGUUUCAUCUUAUUAUUUGUAUGAGGUACAAGUCUUAUGGAUUUCUGUUCCUUCAAUAAUUUUAUUAAGCUUUUUUUUAAUUUAUUUUUAAAUAAAUCCUUAUUAGAGUUAAGACAUCCUAUGA